CACUCGUGGUGAUGGAGGCGUCAAAGUCAUUCAUAAACAACCCUCUCAUUUUAAUUUGAUUUUCCUGCGGGAAAGAGGCGCACACGUCGAUAUGCAUAUGAGCUUUUAUUUCUCAUCAAAAGUCUAUGACUUCCUGUUUUAUGGGGUCAACAUCACCACAACAUGGGGCAUGGUGUCCCUGUGUCUAGGCCUGGUGUCACUCUCAAUCCUGGCUGAGGGCUUCAAGGUGGCAAGAUCACAACUCCUGAAGGUGGCCAUGUCCAGACGUACAGGAUGCACCAAAUAUGAAGUGCCAGAAAGGUCGCCCCUCUUAAUGUCUCAGUCGUUUCUUGGCCGUAGGAAUGAAAAGCUGUUGUACAAACGCAGGAUAAAGUUCCACGUCCUCCAGUCAUUUCUGCACGUCAUCCACUUAACCAUUGGCUACAUUCUGAUGCUGAUCGUCAUGACUUACAAUGCAUACUUCAGCAUUGCAAUUGUAGGCGGGGCAGGCCUUGGCUACUUCUUCUUUGCCCUAUUUGACCUGCCCAGCAAAAUCCUGGGGACUUCACGCACAGUGGUGAAAAAGCAAAGCACCAGCCAUGCACAGGGAGCUGAAGUGGGACUUCUGCAAGGGCAAGAGAAGACCUGCGGUUCAGCUGAGUCACAGAUAGUGGGGCUUCUGCAAGGGCAAGAGAAGACCUGCGGUUCAGCUGAGUCACAGACAGCUCUCUGCAGUCCGCAAGAACCCGCCGGCCGCGACCGAGGCUCGAGCUCUGCUGCUUGCGGCAGCUGUGGCGAUUCUUCCUGUGGCGGCUGCACGCUGCACAGACGCCUGGACGCCGUUGCCAUCCAAGCGCCUGAUACAUUCAAUCCUGUUUAAAUUCAGAGUCAGUGUUGUGAAUGCGUGGUAAUAGUGUUUAAUGUGUUAAUGAUUCAAGUUGAUACUCAUAUAAGUGUUCCCGUACGUACAGAACAUUCUACAUACGUUUGUGCAAGCAUGCAUACAAUACAUACCUACAUACACAUGCUCACAUUAAGCAUUACCUGUUUGUGUGUCUUUCUACAUGAAUGUGUAAGUGUUUGUGCACCGCACAGAAACAAUUUGAUAUGCAUGUCAAUAGAUUCAGAUAGGUAGAAGCAUUAAACAUAAUAUAAACUGAAAAAUACUUUUAUACAUAUUAGAUAUUACAUCAAAUACUGUACAAACUGUGGUUUAAUAAAGAGGAAAUGCAA